AUGCUUCCCCCAAACACUCGGCCACGGCGCGCCCGUCCCUCCACCGCCAACUCAGUCCUGACCGCCCGCCCAUCCACCGCCCACUCAUCUCUCACCCCGCGUCCCACCUCACCGAUCAGCGGACCUGGUCUGGGGCGGAACACUGCCGCUCGCUGGUCCACCCUCUUCCUGCCUUCUGCGUCAGUCCGGUCUAAGGGCGCCGGUACCGGUACGGCUACCCCUCCCAUCGCCCCGAUCGCGAGGUAUGAGGGUACGGCGCUCGUUAGUCUCUUUCCGGGACUCACGGAUCUCGGGCUCGAUGUCGGGCUGGUCCGUCCCGGCCUGGGCACCGAGGGCAACGGUGCUGGCGCCGCCGCUGCAUUUAGGGGAUUCCCGAUCCGUGGUCGGCCGUUAUACCUCUCGGACCCGGCGGUAACCGGUACGGACCCGCCGACACUCCCUCCGCUUAGCCCACUCACACACCUCUCCCCGGGCUUCGGGCAUACCGAUCCCACCGUCAUUGGCACCCCGCGGGUCCCGCCCUCGUGUAAUGCUCCCAUGCCUACUCCUUCGGCACAGACAAGAGCCCAGGUCCCGCACCCGUUCGCCACACCCUACGGCGGGUUCAGUACGGCCAAUGCCAGCACCAACACCCCAACCCCUCCCAUCAGCUCUGGUCAGAGUAAAGGCUACCCCUCGUCAUCAGCCUUAGGAUCAGCUCCAGCCUCGGCCUCGGCCUCGACACCCAAUCUCGAGCUCGGCGGCCUCGCGCCCCGCUCGGCCGUCCGCACAGGGUCCGGCACAACUACGCCUCAUACCUUCGCCCGCAAACCUCGCACACCCGAGCCAAAGACAGCCCGCACAUCCGACUCGGGCCGCACGGAACUCCCACCCGCUAUGGCGGAUACCUCACCCACUAUCCCCCUUUCCCCCGCCCCUUCGCCCUUGAGGUGGAGGGGCCAAAACGUCCACCCCGAAUCGCCCUUCUACGGCAAGAUCCAGGCUCAGCACGAGCAGCAGCUACGCGAAGAUGCUGCGCGUGACGCUGCGCGGGAUGCACGGACGCCCUCUCGCGGUCGGACCGGCUAUACCAGACCAGGGGCGGGGCAGGGCGGACAGCUUCCCGCGCUCACUCCGGCGAUGGCGGUGAGGGAGCAGUACCUCGCUUCUACUUCCACGUCCACGUCGGCUCAUCAGGCGGUACCUACCGACGCGUUCCAUGGUAUAGCGAUGUAUCACCAGAAGAGGGCGAUGCUUGCUCGUCAGCUGGCGCCUGACGGGGCGGACAAAGUGGGGGAAUGGCUGGCGAGCCGGAACAGCCAGCCGGGGGCGGAGGUGUGCGAGACGACCAAGUUGGUGGCGAUGCUUGAAGAGGAGAACCGGGCGCAUGAUCGUCAGCGGAAGGAGGUUAUGGACAGGAGGAUAGAGGAGAUGUUGGACAGGCAGAGGACGCCGCAGGUAUGGGAGAGCGUAUCAGCCAUUGCGCUUGUGCAGUCCCGAUCGAGGGGGUUGAGGGGGAACGGAUCGACCCUCACCGUCAACGCUACUCCCACUGGCGAAGAAGCGCCUCUUCAGCGCCACCCCAGCGUACGGACCGGACAUAGCCACCCCCAGACUCAAACCGCCGAGACGGCACAGCAGAUCGUCGAAGCGCGUGUCCUGCCCCUCUCCACACCACAACCACACGUCCAACCCAUCAGCCUCGCCCCUCUCUUCCGGACCACGCCGCUCGCAGCCCCUUCCAAGCCUUUCAUCCGGGGCCGGAAAGCCCUCCCCGCCUUGCCCACCCCACCGACCGCCAGUAUCGAGGAUCAACGCCGGCGCCUGCACGACUUCCAGUCUAACUCCACUCGACACUUUAUCGGCGUCCGCGCCAAACUCGUCCAUCUCGCAUUCACGCUCGACCUCCUCCGUUCCGCCGCCGAGCUGCUGUACGCCCAGAACGCACGAGCGCUCCAUCUCCUCGCUGCUCUCAAAGCGGCGUCAAAGGUUGAGGGCGCGCCCGAGUCGCGCGCGAUCCUGGAUCAUGGGAUCCCGCUGAGCGAUGCGCUGGAGAUCGAGAGCAAGCUGGACGCGUGGUGGGUCAGCGAGCGCGACAAGUUGAACAGUAUGUGGGACGGGGCGGUCAGCAAGGCCAAGAAAUGGGUGGCGGACCAUCAGUACCUCGACAAACUGGUGCAUCGGGGAGUACUCCGUCAAGUCGUGGCGUACGAGAAAGGGUGGGUGGAGGAGGUAAAGCAGCUGGGUAUGGAGAAGAAAGGGAAGAAAUGGGCCAGAGCGGCAGUAGUGGAUUGUCCGGUGGAUGGGCAGUAUAUCCUCCGAUUGGCGGCGGGUCUCGAGACGAAUGGGAGGAUACCAGAGGGGACGGUCAGGCGGUUCAAUAGCCUGACCCACGGGACGAAGCCGGAAAAGCCGCUCCCUAUCGAUCCGGUCGAGGCGGCGGUACUUGGCCUGGGGCUCAGUAUGGCGGGCAGUAAGAAGAGCGGGAUGAAGAUCGGGAACAUGAUGGUGGACUCGUGGGUGGGGUUGAAGGCGAAAGCGACGGGAUCGGGAAAGGGGAAAGAGGAGAAGAAGGGAGGAGGGGAGGUUUUUGGGUUGACGGGCGACGGGUCUAGUGGACAGGCGGGGACAGGGGCGUCGCCGCUCCACGUGGCCGAUGCGGACCCGAUCGACGCGAGGCCGAUCCGGAAGGGGACGGCGAAGCUAAGCGAUGAGUCGCCUUACUCGUCAGCCAGCUCGCGGGAAGUGAUCUUCACGCCAAGCGGACCGAUCUCGCCUCCUAAAGGUCCAACUCAUGGCGCAUUGUCGACCGACGGCUCCGCACCCGUUCCGCCUCAGAAGGACGACUCGCCACCCUCCACCUACAGCUCAUCUCAUGGCCACCGAAAAAAGGCCCAGCUCCCACCAUUCCCCGGAAAAGGUCCCAUCCCGGACCACCUCAAAGAUCACUACGAGCCCCUCGCAACUCCUCCGGCCGACCUAUCUUCCUAUCCCUACGCCAGCUCCUCAUCGACCUCCCUCGCAUCGCGUAUACGAGGCAACACCCUCCGCGCCAAGAAGGCCGCAGUGGCACUGGCGACCGCGACAGCUACGCCCGCGCCUAGUGCCAAUGUACCGAGGGUGGAGCAGUGGGAUCUGUGUGCGGACGUCUCCCGGGGAGUGGGAGACCAGCGCUGUGCGUCACAAAUUGGAUUUGGGGCGCCAGAGAUGGCGGAUGAGAUCAGGAACGCCCAGUACGCGCGGGAAGCCAAGGAGGCGCUGAGGGUACAGGCUGCGAUGGCGGCAGCGGAGGAGCAGAAGGGAGAGGGGAGUGGACAGGGGAUGAAGAAGGUCUUUGGCCUGUUCAGGCGGUCGAGUUUUGAGCGGGUAGAUUGCUGCGAGUAUCAGUAUAGGCCGUAG